CACAAAAUAUCAGUCUUCCUGUUUUCUCUGAAGGGGUAUGCAUUUGAGAUUGACAAGAGAAAAUACCAUCCCAGAGGAAACCAACUGAAGUCCUGAGAGAAACAACUCUGAUCGAGACUAAUGAUGAAGAAGCUUUGCUAAACAACCUGAAGGCAGUGAGACUUUUUUAAGGGCCAGAAAAGACAUUUUCUCUGAAUUCUGGAGCUCAAGUACGAUGAAGCCUACUUACUCUUAUUUUUCUGGGUAUCAUGCGUGUCUCAUUUUCCUGCAAGCGAUAACGCUGACAUUAGAGAAUCUGACGGUGACUACUCCCCCUGGACACGUGGAGGCUAGAGUAGGCGGCCAGGCUGAGCUCAGCUGCCAGGUGACCCCACCACCAAGUGUGGAGGAUAUGGAGGUGCGCUGGUUCAGGGAUGACGAAUCCAAACUCGUUUAUCAAUACAGAGGUGGCCGUGGAGAGAAUGGAGAGGCUGCACCUGAAUACGGGAAUCGUGUAGAGUUUGUGAAAGAGGCCAUCGGGAAGGGGAAAGUGGCCCUCAGAAUCCAUAAUAUCAGCAUUUCGGAUGAUGGGCCUUACCAGUGCUCAUUUAAUGACGAUGGCUUCAGUGACGUGGCCUUCAUGAAACUCCAUGUGGCAGCAUUUGGAUUAAAGAUGCAAAUCCAUGUUCAGAGUUCUGGUCAUGAUGGUGUCAUUGUGGAGUGUUCUUCAGAAGGGUGGUUCCCACGGCCCCAAAUGGAGUGGAAAGACAGCACAGGGAAUGUAGUUCCGUAUUCUUCAAUAUCCUACUCACAGGAUGGAGAUGGAUUUUUCUAUGUGAAGAUGACUCUUCUCCUCAAAAACCAGCCACAGGAGAAUAUCACAUGCUGUGUUCUUAACCCUCUAACGGGUGAAGAUAAGCAAAUAAAUCUCCUCAUAGCAAGUGAGUGCCCAGCCAAGAGGGUUUAACUGUUAUUUUGAAGCACAAGAGCAAACCAAUGGAUUAGUUAGUGUUAAGGACUUUCUGUAUUGUAGUACAUCUUUUGACUGUGGCUCUUUAGUAUUGAUAUGCAUAGGGUAUUAGAAAAAAGCUGAA